AUGCCAUGGGCCGGCAUAGCUUUUGGGAUGCUGGACCCCCACUUUGAGAUUACACGCCUCAACAACGGCAAUCAGCUCAACUCCUCCUUCUCCUUUGACUUCCAUGGCGAGGACGGCAAGAACUACUGCAUGGUCUCGGAUAACCUGCUGGAGGUGAUUGUACAAAUGUUCAGCCUGUCCCCGGACUCUGUCGUGCUGCAGCGGCCGGUGGAGGAGGUUGACCCAUUUUUUGAGGGCACUUGGAUGAAGGGCUUUGGGAUCCUGUACCAUGACCAAAGCCAGGAGCCUCACAGAAUCAGCAUCCUCCUCAAUCCCGCUGCUGAUAGGAUUGGCGAGCAGCCUUUCAAUGCAACUUUCGAUGGUGUUCCCAUGGUGGCCCUGGAGGCACCGGGCCCAGUCCUCUGGAAGAGCCCUGAUGGCCUUGCCACUGUUGUGCGCGAGGCUGGCCGCAUCAACUCCCUCCUGGUCUCCAUCUCCGACCUACUUGAGAUGGAAGUCGUGACCGACUCAGAGAAGGAGCUGAUCGCUGACCCGCCCAUUCAUUUCCUGAACUUCAACUUCAGGAACAUUACCACCACUCCCAGUGUGCAUGGAUUUCUCGGGCAGAUGUUUGCGCCGGGGGCUAUUGCAGAGAGACUGGACAUGGGUACCCUCGAGGGCUUACGUCACCGAGAGUAUGUGGAGGGUACUGAUGACGACUAUGCUGCCUCGAGUUUGACCGAGGCAGACUGCAGUUUCAGUCGCUUUGGCAAGGGAGCCGAGAACAACGAUGCCGGUGAACUGGCUGGUGCGUCGGCUGGGUUGCCGCACGCUGUCUCGUCCGGCCGCCGUCUCCUCAGGCUUUAG